GCCGAAGAGCGAGCGCGCAGCCCGAGAGCUCGAGCCGCCUCCGCCGCCAGCGCCUCGAGAUCCGCACCGGCCUCCCGGAGAGCGAGCCCCGGCCGCCGCGACCUCCAGCCGCGCUAACCGCCGACCAACAGCCACCGAGGCGCCAGAGGGAGAACGGAGGAGGCGGCAUGAGCGAGGCGGGCGAGGCCACCACCACCACUACCACCCUCCCACAGGCUCCGGCGGAGGCUGCCGCCGCGGCCCCCCAGGACCCCGCUACCAAGAGCCCGGCGGGCGGCGGCGGCGCCCCCCAGGCCCCGGCCCCGGCGCCCGCCGCCCUGGUCGCGGGCAACCCCGGCGGGGACGCGGCCCCGGGCACCGCGGCCCCCGCCUCUUCGGCCGCCGCGGACAGUAAAGACGCGGAGAAGAAAGUUCUCGCCACCAAAGUCCUUGGCACUGUCAAAUGGUUCAACGUCAAAAAUGGAUAUGGAUUUAUAAAUCGAAAUGAUACCAAAGAAGAUGUAUUCGUACAUCAGACUGCCAUCAAGAAGAAUAACCCACGGAAAUAUCUGCGCAGUGUAGGAGAUGGAGAAACUGUGGAGUUUGAUGUGGUUGAAGGAGAGAAGGGUGCAGAAGCAGCCAACGUGACUGGCCCGGACGGCGUUCCUGUGAAAGGGAGCCGAUAUGCUGCAGAUCGGCGCCGCUACAGACGCGGCUACUACGGCAGACGCCGUGGACCGCCCCGUAAUACGGGUGAGAUUGGAGAGAUGAAGGAUGGAGUCCCAGAGGGAGCACAACCUCAGGGACCAGUUCAUCGAAAUCCGACUUACCGCGCAAGGUACCCUAGGGGCCCUCCUCGCCCACGACCUGCCCCAGCGGUUGGAGAGGCUGAAGAUAAAGAGAAUCAACAAGCGGCCAAUGGUCCAAACCAGUCACCUGCUCGCCGUGGAUACCGGCGCCCCUAUAACUAUCGGCGUCGCCCCCGUCCUCCUAAUGCUCCUGCACAAGAUGGCAAAGAGACCAAGGCAGGUGAAGCACCAUCUGAGAACCCUGCUCCAGCCCCCGAGCAGAGCAGUGUCGAGUAACAUCCGGCUCCCCAGGCACCUUCACCAUCAGCAGGUGACCUAAAGAAUUAAUGACCAUUCAAAAAAUAAAGCAAAAAGCAGACCGCAACCUUACCAACACCAAAGAAACGUCCAAGACUAAUAACCAAGACGUGUACAUUAGAAUGCUCACUACUAUUCUUUACGAAGCAAACAGCUACACAAGGAAAGUGUCAGCCAGUUUUUCCAGCAGCUGAGAUCCUGGGAAUGCCUGUACGGAACAAGAGAGCAAACUCGCCGGUUUCAGCAGCCACUAGGUUUAUAUUUUUUUCCUGGUUUUUACUGUUUUGGUAAUAUGAAUUGAAAGAAGAAAUAUUAAUACCACAUGGGGAAACCCCCCCCAACCAAAGAAAUCUAAAAUAUGUAGUAAAUGGUUUUUUUCCCUUUUUUGUUCAUUUUGGAUGCUGGUGCUAAAGUUCCAAGUGUCAUGAGUUAAAAAGAAAUUUUAUGCCCUUCUUAUUUAUUUUGAGGAUGAGGGGAGGAUAACAUUUUGCUUUCUUAUGUGACUCUCUUUGAAAAUGUGCAGUAUGAAAUUCCUCAAAAAUAAAAUUUUUACCCUUGAAAGGAAAAAA